AUGACUUUCCUCACAGCCCUCGGCCUCCGCCGCAAAAACGACUGGGAACCCCUAACCCUCAUCGACGCCCUCCUCCUCUCACCUCUCAACCUCCUCGUCACAAUCAUCUACAGCAUCAUCCUCUUCCUCCGCGGCCGCCCCUUCACACCGCCCCGCGACAAGCCCGCCAUCCGCAUCGUCUGCCUCUCCGACACCCACGACCGCACCGACGUCGACAUCCCCCCCGGCGACCUCCUCAUCCACGCCGGCGACCUCACCAACGCCGGCACCGUCGCCGACAUUCAGGCCCAGCUCGACUGGCUUGCCGCUCAACCUCACCAGCACAAGAUCCUCGUCUGCGGCAACCACGACAGCUUCUUCGACCCCAGCGCGCGUCUGCCUGAGGACCGCGGCAAGAGCCUUGACUUCAAGGGCAUCCGCUAUCUCAUCCGCGAUGCCGUCACGCUCGAAUUUAAGGGCGGCCGUCAUUUGAAAAUCUACGGCGCCCCUGAUAUCCCGACCUGCGGCGGCUCCGAGAUGGCUUUCCAGUAUGAUCGCUGCCCAGCCCUCCUCCAAGAAGUCUGGCGCGUCCGCCCCAAACUCCACGUCUUCGGCCACGUCCACUGGGGUCACGGUCGCCAGACCGUCCACUUUGACGACUGCCAGCGCGCCUACGAGGCCCUCAUGUCCCGCCCGCCUCGUGGCCUCUUCCGUGACCUCUUCCCCCACGCCGGCUGGCGCGACGCCCUCGCCGUCCUGGGCUACGGCAUCCACGGCGUCGUCUGGAAGUGGCUCAUGGUCGGGCCCGGCGGCAACACCAGCAGUCUCAUGGUCAACGCCGCGCAAAUGUACGGCAACACGGGACGGCUGGGAAAUCCGGUAGAAGUGGUGGACUUGUAA